AUGGAUAGAAUCGACAAGUACAAGAGAGUCGAAGAAGACCAAUGGACGGGAAAGGGUAAAGCGAAGGUUGUCCCUCAGGAGAGGAGGGACUUCAGGUCGAACCGCUUUAACAGCAGCAAUCGACUGAGAAGGGAUUACUCGGAGCAGUCUGGAUCCACAGGGGCACAGGCAGUCCAUGCUGUGUUCCGAGAACCAUUACAUAAGAUCCUAGAGAAAGUGAAGAACAAACUGUUCUUUCAAUGGCCAAGCAGGAUGGCAGGUGAUCCCGCGAAACGUAACCAGAAUUUAUAUUGCGCGUAUCACCAAGAGUCGGGCCACACCACCGAUGAUUGCAGAAAUCUGAAAAACCACCUAGACCGUUUGGUCCGAGAGGGGAAGCUGCAACAUCUGCAGCAUCACCCUGUCGGAUGGCAGGAGCAGUCGAAUGUCGAAACAAGGCAAAGCACAUUGAGACCACCCAUUGGCACGAUAAAUGUUAUUCUCGCCGCAUCAGGACGGACCGGCUCCCAUCCUUUUAGAGUAAUGUCGGUGGGCAAGCUCCCUUCUGAAGCUGACGAUAGGGAGUCCAAGAGGGCUAGAGGGAUGGCCACGCCCCUAAUCGAAUUCUCGAAUGAGGACAAACUGGGAACCUUCCAACCCCAUGAUGAUGCCCUAGUUGUCACGCUCAGGAUCAGUGGAUACGACGUGAAGAGGGUGUUAGUCGAUCAGGGCUGCGCCGUGGAAGUGAUGUAUCCCAACUUGUACAAGGGGUUGAAGCUGAAACCGGAGGACCUGACAGCAUACGAUUCCUCUUUAGUGAGUUUUGAGGGAAAAACCGUCACUCUGAAAGGCAUGAUUAGGCUGCCUAUACAAACAGACUCGGACGUGGUGGAGGUGGACUUCAUAAUGGUAGACGCAUACUCCCCCUACACCGCCAUCGUAGCCAGACCGUGGCUUCAUGCCCUAGGGGCUGUGUCAUCAACCUUACACUAA